GAUUCCACUGAUUUUAAAAUUUCAGUAGGUAUUGUCUUUUGUCUAGAUGUAAUUGUAGAUUUGUGAAUUGUACGAAUAGUUUUAGAGCAAUUCCACCACCAUUAAAAAAAAACAAAACACCUACGCAUGAGGUUCUUCAUUUUCUAUACAGAAAUAUUACAAGUCCUGUUUUUUAAAGGCCUUCAUAAUGCCAAUUAUAAGCCUGUUCCAAAGACGACCAACAUUGUUUAACGUUUUCAUUAAGCAACUUUCCAACCACCACGAAUAAUGCCUUGAAAACUUAUCGCAGUCACCUGAAUCAAACCUUUUGACCACAGGCUGACAAAUUGUAGGUUGUCUUUUUGACAGCAUCUCUUGCUUAUUGAACCAACCAAACAAAACUCUAGUCUCUUAUAAAUAUUUAUAAUAGCUAGUCAAAACCGUGAUCUAUAUUAUAAUUGAUCUUAGCAAUUUGAUAAGGUCAACAAGCAAGCAGCCAAAGAAGUUGAUAAUCUGCAGCAUAAGAACUGAAAAACACCAUGGAUAGAUCUUUUCAACCUCUUCCAAUGUUUGCAGGCUUUCCUCAAACAGCGUCCUUGAUAGCAUCGUUGAUCAUGAUAUCUGAGGAGAUCUCCUCAAUAAGUAAUCUCCCUCCGAUACAAGUAAAAAACAUCUUAGCCAUUACUCGGAGAAUCAGACUGCUUUCUCCUUUGUUUACAGAGAUGCAAGAGUUAGACAUCCCGCUUCUUCCAUCUGCAAUCCUGUGCUUUAUUGAGCUCUUGUCUCUGAUGACAAGAGCAAAGCUUCUGAUCCAAGGAUGCACUGAAAGUAGCUACCUGUGGAGCCUCAUUCAAACAGAAAUCUUGUCAAAGGAAUUCGAUGCAAUAGUGAAAGAUAUCAGCAAAGCUCUUGAUAUAUUAUUACCUCUACAAUUGAUGAAUAUAAGCAUAGAUAUUAAAGAAGUGGAGCUUAUGUGCAAUCUGGCAAAAAGGGUAGAUUUGGUAGUUGAUCCCAAAGAGUUGGAAAGAAGGAAAGAAGUGCUUCAGAUAAUAGCUACUUCGAAGGAAAAGAACGAUAAGAGCUAUGGUUUCCUAGACAUAAAAAGAGCAAGAGAGCUUUUGAGCAGCAUUGGCUUGAGAAGUUCAGUUGACUUUGCUGAAGAAAUCUCCAAAUUAAAGGCAGAAGCAGCAAGUCAGGGAGGUACAGGUGGACCUAUAGUUGUUUCAAGAAUAAAUAGUCUCAUCUCAUUACUUUCAUAUCUCAGGUCUAUGAUUUUUAGUUUUGAAGAUAAUGAAACCACUCUACUCUUGAAGCAGAAAACUGCUGCAGAAAAUCUUGCUGCAUCAACAUCUUCAUCUUCACGAGCAAUACUGACAGAUGUUCCCAAUGAAUUCCGUUGCCCAAUUUCACUAAAGAUAAUGAGAGAGCCAGUCACAGUAGCAACUGGAUACACUUAUGACCGAUACUCAAUUUCUAAGUGGAACAAUUCAGGGCGUAGAACAUGCCCGAAGUGUGGGUGGAAGCUAACACACAUGGCUCUAAUACCCAACUACAACCUGAAGAGUCUGAUCCAUCAAUGGCACCAGGACAACAAUAUCCCUCUAAAUGAACUUACAACCUCUUCCUCAGCAUCAGAAUUUUUACUAGGGAAACUUGCAACUGCAUCUCCAGAAAUGCAAUGUAGAGCGGCCUAUGAGAUCCGAUUGCUAGCAAAAAGCAGCAUGGAAAACAGAAAAAUAAUAGCUGAGGCCGGAGCAAUUCCAUUUCUGGUGAACUUACUAAGUUCCCAUGAGCCAGCAAUGCAGGAAAAUGCUGUGACUGCAUUGUUGAACCUGUCCAUCCACAAUGACAACAAAAUUUUGAUCAUGGAAGCUGCAGCACUUCAAAAGUUAAUACUUAUUCUAGAAUAUGGAAAAACCGUGGAGGCAAAGGAAAAUGCAGCUGCAACAAUUUCAAGUUUGUCAAUCAUUGAUGAUCACAAGGCAAGUAUUGGAGUACAACCCAGAGUGGUAACAGCCCUGAUACGUCUCUUGCGAGAAGGCAUCACGAGAGGGAAAAGAGAUGCUGCAACGGCGCUAAUUAACCUUUCACUUUACAAUCCAAAUCAGAGGACAGUAGUACAUGAAGGGGCAGUACCUUUGCUUAUUAAUAUAUUGACGGAUGAAAAGGCAGGAAUCACUGAUGAUGCCUUGACACUGCUUGCAUUGCUCUCAGGAUCUUCUGAAGGAAUGGAGGAGAUCACCAGAAGCAAAGAUCUCAUAGCCUUUCUUAUUGAUGUCCUGAAACUUGGAUCUCCAAAAGGUAAAGAGAAUUCAGUCAUUCUUCUUUUGGCUUUAACCAAAGAUGGAGCUGAAGUUGUGAGACAUUUGGAUUCCCAAAGCUUUUCAUUAAUCCGGAGAUUGGUAGCUAAAGGGUCAUCUGAAGCUCGAGAAAGGGCUAGUCUGUUGCUCAGAUUACUCAUCAAAUGCUGCUCCAAUCCUGCGAAUCUUUAGCAUAGAAAGUAGAUGAAGAAAAAUCAAGAGCAACAAUAAAAUUUUCAUACUUCACUUCUUGUUAGGGUUAAAAACCUAUUUUCUGCAUCGAUUAAAAUAGAAUAAUAAAAAGAUCUAAACUGCUCAGCUGUAGCAAUUCAGGUGGUGUGGAUUCUUAUAUAAAUACAAAUUCUUUUCUUUAAUUCGCUUUCAGGAAAGCAGGAAAAUGAGUGAUAUGGGUAUGAUUGCCAAUUUGCUUUCAGUACAAACAAAUACUACUUGAAAGAAAAAAAACAAAGAAAAAUUAUAUAAGAUAAUCAUUGUAUGCAAUUGGUAGCUCCUCUAUGAUGAUUAAUGUCAUGAGCUUUUCAAAAAGAUAACAGUAAGAAAAGAAACUGCAGAAAGAAUAAUGGGAAGAUUGGAUAAUAACAUUUAAAGAAAUCAUGUCACCUUACAGAGCAAUGAUAGAGAUAUGCUUAUUUUGAAGGCUCCAUCUCCUUCAUGUACAGCAAAAGUUGGUCCCUAUAUAUGACAGAAUGUAGAGGUAUGCCACAGCUUCAGAAACAAUGAGGCCUUCAAACUCUUGGAGACUGAUGAGUUCAAUGAGUUCAACAGGAAUAACAU